AUGUCGGACCAAAAGAAUCCUCUCGAGCCGCCGCCGGCCUACGACGCCGAUUCAGAACACACGCCUCUCGUCGCCGGCGCACCCGCUCCUGUCCGCCAGCAGAUCUCUCGCGCCCCUCUGCCCCUUGAGCUUCCCGCACUACAGGCCAUUCGUGGCAAGAGAGUAAUCCUAGCCUCGGCUUCGCCACGACGAAAGCAGCUCCUCAACCAGAUCGGUCUGCGCGACAUUGAGGUCAUUCCGUGCACAGCUCCCGAGGACUUUAGCAAGACGCUCGCCCCCUUUGAAUAUGUCUUGCAGACAGCAGAGCAGAAAUGCUCAAUCAUCUACCGUCAAGAGAUUGACUCGGAAAAGGGCGAGCCUGCACUUGUCAUUGCCGCCGACACGGUCGUCGUGAGCCCCAUGGGCGACAUCUUAGAGAAGCCAAGGAGCGAGAGAGAGCACAUUUCAGUCCUGAAGGCAUUAAGGAACAGCGGCUGGCACAAGGUCUACACAGCCGUCGUGUGUAUGGCUCCAUUGGAAAGCGCCAUGGACCCGGGCUAUGCUUUGAAGAGACACGUCGAGGAGACCAAUGUCAGAUUCGACCCUGCAGUGUCCGACGAACUCAUCCUCGCAUACGUCAAGACUCGCGAAGGCGCAGACAAGGCUGGUGGCUACGGAAUUCAAGGUAUGGGCGCCAUCUUGGUCGAGAAGAUCGAUGGUUCAUACGACAACGUCGUCGGCCUACCACUCAACGCAACAAUGAAGCUCAUCGGCCAAGUCUUGAACCCCGAGAUUCAAGGCGAGGACGAGGACGAAGAAGAAGAGUAG